AUGGAAAUGCACCCCUCUCGAGGGCAUGCGGUUUACAAUCCGGAAAAGGAAGCGUAUCUAAGACAAUAUCCUGCCGGACUGUGGGACGAGCUUACGGUAACGUUCACGUUCAAACGGCGAUACGGAUGGUACAUUCUGCAGGGCUACCUGCCGACUUAUCUGAUCAUAUUUAUCACGUGGAUAUCUUUCCACCUGGGUACGUUGGCGAUGCCCGCCCGUACCCUGCUCGGCGUCAACUCGAUGCUAGCGAUGACCUUCCAAUUCGGGACGCUGAUCAGUAACUUACCAAGAGUGUCUUAUAUAAAAGCCAUCGACGUCUGGAUGCUCAGCGGGAUGACGUUUGUCUUCGCGUCGCUUGUCGAGCUGGCGAUGAUCGGCCACCUCACCCAAGUCCAAAACCGGAAAAAGGCGAAAGCCAAGAAGAUGCAGCAGCUCGAAACAAACCAGUCGCCGAUCUUUCCCCAGCGCAAGGCUAUGGCUUACGCCCCGUUGGCACCGUUAACAGCAGCAGGUGUGGAUUACAAGGACUUUGCCGAAAUACGGUUUAACUCCCUAGCGCCGACCAAGUGGAUGUCCUCGUCUUCUUCCACAACGAAACGAGCCCCGUCCUUUGACGUAUGGACCCCGGACUACGUGGACCGGAUGUCGGCGAUCUUGUUUCCGGUCAUGUUCAUUUUGUUCAACGUAUUUUAUUGGGGAUACUACGCUGUUAUUGCAAAAUGA